AACCCUCGAAGCGCGAAGCUACGCUACGCUACCUAGUGCCUGCGUGCGAGCAAGAGCGUCAACCUCCAUCGCGAAAGUGGCCCUGUCGAGCAACCCAAUUCCUCACGACCACGACUUGGUUACGAAAUCCCACCCACCGCAGCCAUGUCGACCGGCAAAUACGCAUUCUCGCAGGCCCUCCGCGAGGUCCGCUUCCUCUUCUGCCAGGGCGAGGCCAGCGCCGCCACCAGGACCUUCCUCACGAGGUCAUACCCCACCAUGAAGAAGAACAACCCCAACACGCCCAUCCUGCUGCGUGAGGCGGCCGGCACCCUCCCCAAGGUGUAUGCCCGGUACGAGUUUGGCCGCGAGAAGAGCCAGUCCCUCGAGGGCCUGACGGACAAGCAGAUCGAGGACACCGUCACCUCGCUCGUCAAGGGCGACAGCCCUGCCGCCGCCGCGUCGUCGUAGACGUCUCGGAGGGUGGACACAAGGAAAAUUGAGAAGGGGCGGGGAAGGAGGGAUGCCCGGACAAGAGGCGGGCACGAGUAGAUCAUGAAGAGGGGGUGGCACAGGCAGUGCUACAGACAGGGAGCACAUGCCGUGAGUGGGAUGCCACCGGCAGGCUGCAAUCACGGCCAUGAGACAGCUACUUCGAACGCCGAUUUAGGGGUGCACUGAUGUGUCCCAGGGCAAUGCCGCGCGUGCCGCAGAUGGGGACAAGACAACAACUUUCGAGUUGUCCCGGAGGUGAGCGCCAAGACACACCUCUUGCUGCGGGAAGGUUUUGACGCCAGGGAACAUGAGUAAACUGCAUCAUCGCUUGCUCACUUGGAGGGAAGCAGGAACUGUACAUAUGUCAACGAUAUCAAAAAUGCAAAGAAUAAGCCGACAUGA